GGUAAUGUAGUCUACCUGGUUAAAUUGGCCGAUAGAGGGAGUAACGUUAUCGGUAAAUUAAAUUUAUCCUUUUCGUUUUCAGUGAUUACAGAUCUUCUUUUAAAAAUUAUUUUCUCAAAAUUUUCUUAGGACUACACUACGUACGAUAUACGUCACAUACGCAGCGACCAUGCUUCGCGGAAUAUGUAGGUCAGUCAUGACGCAUCAUACGUAAAAAUAAUUUGCGACAUGCCGCCUAAGAAGCGUGCUCGAGGACGACCAGCUAAAUCUGCAGAGGCCACUCCUGACCAGGUUACUGAGGAAACAGAGAUUAGAAGGAAAAAGACUCAAAAGUCAAAGUCUGCUGGGAAGGAAGGGGCAGACAGAGAUGCACCAGUUGGUAAAGCGGCCUACUGCCACUGGCUGAUGAAGUCAGAACCGGAGAGCCGAUUUGAAAAUGGCGUUGAUGUUAAGUUUGGAAUUGAGGACCUCAAAGCUCUUCCCAAUCAGACAGGAUGCUGGGAUGGAGUUAGAAACUACCAGGCUCGAAACUUCAUGAGGGACAUGAAGGUACAGCAGUUGGCCUUCUUCUACCACAGCAACUGUAAGGAGCCUGGAAUCGCUGGGCUCAUGAAGAUUAUCAAAGAAGCAUAUGUGGAUCACACCCAGUUUGACAGGAGUGACGCCCACUACGACGCUUCCAGCAAGCCGGAAAACCCCAAGUGGUAUAUGGUGGACGUGCGGUUUGAGAGGAUGACCAAGCGCUUUCUCCCAUUGGCUGAGCUGAAGAAGUACCACCUGCAGCAUAAGGCGGAGGGCGGGGCCCUCGGAAGCCUGGCUCUCUUCACUAGGGCACGCCUGUCCGUGCAGCCUCUCUCUGCAGAAGAGUUUGACUUUGUGCUGAGUCUGGAGGACAGAGAUCCCAUUUAGGGAUGCAGGCCUGUUUCCCUCCCCUGGACAGACCAUGUGAUGGCAUCUCUUCAAGGGCACUUGCACUCUUUAUAACAGUCUCUAGCCUGGGUGCAUGUGAUUGCUUUUUUUCUUGAAACUCUUCUUUUAACUCUCAGUCCGAUAGUGUGUUCAUUUUCCAUGAAUGCUAAACAUAGCGACCAGUUAUAAAGGCUAAAAGCUAGCUCACCUGUUACAGGCUGCAUAGAUCAAAUUAUAAACAUACAUUUUCCAAUGAAAAAAGAAUUGUAAUGCUGCAGAGAUUGUUUGCUGAAACCUUGAAUGCCACAAUUAAAGCACCGCCAGUAAUUUUGUCCUGCA